UUGUCUGGGUAUACUUGGAUUUUGUAUGCUCAUAGUUUAAUUACUCUAGAAAUUUUGUUUUAAUAGUAUUUUAAUAAUGAUUUCAAUUGUAAGAUAUAAAUAAGUUAUUUCUCUAUUUCAGACCAAACUUCUAUAUGGAUACUCUUCCAAGAUCACCCAAUAAAAUUCCAUCCUUGAUGUCAUUACCUCCGAUAGCCAUGCCUAUUGGUUUAAAUGCUCAUUUGCCGCCUCAUCUGGAUCCACCAGGUAUGUUCUCAUCAAUACAUGAAGGAGAAAGUAGUAGCCAAGAAGAAUGGGAAAGCAAUAAACUAAGUAAUAAAGAAAUUGAACCUCUGAAUGAUGAGAAGCCAAUACAAGCUAAAGAAAGUUUGGCACUUAAUUCAAGCAUUAAAAAUUUUGAAAACCAGAAAGAUCUGAAAGAUCAAAAUAGUGUAAAAAAUACCAACGAUAAUUCCAAUGAAGAAAGUUCCAUGAAACUUGGAAACAGUGAGUCUAGUGAUGCUGGCAAUUCCAAUCAGGAUAACCAAUUGUUCAUGCAGCAGUCUGCAAAUUCUCCACCAUCUGAAACAAAUCUUCCUCCCCCUACUGUUGUAAUUCCUACUCAUCUUCCUAGAAGACAACGAGAACUGUACUUAAGGAUUCAGCAGCAUCAAAAGGAAGCUGCAAGUGGAGAUAGUGGUACGGAUGGUGGCGAUGUUUCUGAAGAUCCAGAAGGAAAAGCCGAAGAUGACGAGAAAAAAGAAAAUUGGUAUAGUAGUGAUGAGGACGAUACAGAAGAUCAGCCUCUGACAGCAGUAUUGAAAAAAUUACGAGAGAUGCCUCCUCCAAACAGAUCACAUCAGAACUUGGGACAGUCAUUUUCUUCAAACUCUACUAUUGAUAUUACUAAGAUGUUGAGUGAAAUAAGACAACAAGCAUCUCAAAAUAUAGAAAUCAAUGGAAAUAAUAUCUCCAAUCAACAAAAUGACUUUUGGCAGAAUUUGUUAGGUACAAUACCACCUGAAAAUGCUCCCAACUGUAAUAAACCAGGAAGCAGAGAUCCACGAAUUCGACCAAAUCCAGGCAAACCACCGAUGAUGAAUAUGCCCGAUAUUACGAAUAAAUCUCCACCGUUCAGAGAUCCGAGACUGCAGAAUCGAGAUCCUAGACUAGCUUCAAGAGAUCCUCGUGUAACUCCUCCGGUUAUGAACAGCAAUCCCAUUACGCCUCGUAACUUACCGGAGAAGCCACCUCCACCACCGUGGGAAAUGCGUCCAGUGGUCAACAAACCAAAUGACGUGAUAAUUGAAAAUACGAAAAGUGUAGUUAACAACUUACAAUAUAAGUUACAUUCAAUAACCCCAUCACAACCAAAUUAUAGUUCGUAUGUGUUUCAGUGUCAGUCAGAUCCAAAAUUAUUGAAUGAUCCACGUUUAAAAAAGUACUUCAAACAAAUGUCUGGUUUACUUCGUCAGCAGCAACACAUAACUGACAAUGUUGGCCCAGUUGGUUCCGAACAAAGCAAAAAGAACAUUUCAGAUGGGCCAGUAAAGCCAGUCAUGAGUGCAAAUGACAUUGGAAAUCCUGCUAAUAUGGAGCACUGGGAAUCUUCGAAACCGAGAAUUACGGAUCCAAGAAUUUUAAAAUCAUCAAAUCUUUCUAUCAGACCAAGGCAACCUGAAAAUAUGCCAUCUUCACAAAAUAUGCCACCAGAAUCUGUUUGGACAUCUGCAUCUAUCAAUCAUACACCUUCUACUACUACAGUAACAUCUCAUCUUCCCAAAUCUGUUAGUGAUCCACGUCUAACAAGAUUAUUGCAUCCACCUGUGGAUCAGAGAUGGCAUCGUUCUUCUGAUCAAAAUCAAUCCGACUCAAAUAACAACAGUGCAACAUCACAGAAAAAAUCUGGUGUUACAUCUACUUCACCUGCAGCUGUACCUUUGAAAUCGAAACAGGAUUCAACAGCUAAAGAUACAUCGUCACCUUCAACAAAUAAUAGUUCCAAAGAACAGUCUGCAUCUGAAGAUGAUGCAGAAAAGAAAGAGAGUACUGAGAAAAAGAAAACUAUUACUAUUAACAGGAAGAGUAACAUGAAUUAUGCUUCACCAUUAAGUUCUUAUGAGGACAAUUCAAGUAAUAAUGCAAGCUACAAUAGCUACAAUCGCAGACCUCAGGCAUCUCAAAAUCAGACCACUAAGGUGCAACCCAACAUUCCACAACCUGUAACGAAUACUUCGACUGCAAGUGAGCUCAUUUCUCAAGAGUCUUCUGGUCACAGUCAAUCUUCACUUUCCUUUCUUGUUAAUGAGCCUGUUAAUGAACCGGUCUUGGCUCCUGAACACACACCUUCGCUAAAGGAAGUAUUUAAAACUAAAGAUCCAACCGCUUCGCCAUUUUGCUAGAAUCAAACUUGGCACAAGAGGUUCUUGACUUUAUUCCAAACUGUGGGUGGUUACGUUUUGUGGUUGUAUAUACUGUGUCAAAAGUGCGGUGUUUAUCCAAAAAAACUGGAAUAUCAUGCAAAAGACAUGAGGUUUUUCCUAGCGAGACUUUGAUAUUACCGACUACUAAGCGACAUUCAUUGUGUCAUCCCUCGUCCAUCAUCGCCACUUCAUUUGCGUUCUCAUCAUUCGCAAUCACACUGUGAAUUCCAUUAAUUAUCAAUGUAAUAAUACUGCUGGUCAACACAGUUUUAAGACAAUUGUGGAAAGUGUUAAGGCUGCUUUUAAGAAGUUUGUUCAGUUGUUUGUUUUAAUUGUGAUCUUUGAAUGCCCUACUUAUUUGUGGAAUUUUGUCCCAAGUGGCCUUAAUCUUACUUCCAUUUGUUAAAUCCUUUCUAAAUUACUUACCAUAAAAUUUUAUUUUGGUUCUUAUUGUGAAAAACUGCUCCUCUAGCAGAGAGCCAAAAGCAUCCUGGCCGGAUCUCCCGAGGCAGCAUUGACUUCUCCAAGAGACAACGAUCCACACACAACACAUUUUACCCAUUAUUAUACAUAGGAUUUUUUAUGUACAGUUUAGGAUAUUGAAACUAUUUCAAUAUACUGUAAAUUAAUUUUAUUUGUUUACUUUAUCGAAUUACAAAGAUGUGAUUUAAGAAAAUAGAAGAAAAAUUGAACCCCGAAAAUUCGGUCGUCGAUCAAUUUUUAAGUCGAAUUAUACGGUCAACGUGUAAAACAUGUAAAUUUUUUGUAUGUGUUGUAACAUGUGAAUUUAGUACCCUGUCCAUAAAAUAAAACUCCUCAUGAAAUCGGUUUUAAAUUUAGAAUUUAA